CUCAGCCAGCAGAUCUCCUGAAGGUUCUAGAUUUUCACAACCUGCCUGAUGGAAUAACCAAGACCACAGGCUUCUGUGCAGCGCGGCGAUCUUCCAAAGGCCCGGAUGUCGCCUACAGAGUCACGAAAGAUGCCCAGCUCAGCGCGCCCACCAAGCAGCUGUACCCUGCGUCUGCGUUUCCUGAGGACUUCUCCAUCCUAACCACUGUGAAAGCCAAGAAAGGCAGCCAGGCCUUCCUGGUCUCCAUCUAUAAUGAGCAGGGCAUCCAGCAGAUCGGCCUGGAGAUGGGACGCUCCCCGGUCUUUCUCUACGAGGACCACACAGGGAAGCCGGGGCCAGAGGACUACCCCCUCUUCAGAGGCAUCAACCUGUCGGAUGGCAAGUGGCACAGAAUCGCUCUCAGCGUCCACAAGAAGAAUGUCACCUUGAUCCUGGACUGUAAAAAGAAGACGACCAAGUUCUUGGACCGCAGCGAACACCCUGUGAUAGACGUCAACGGCAUCGUUGUAUUCGGCACCCGGAUUCUGGAUGAGGAAGUGUUUGAGGGUGACAUCCAGCAGCUGCUCCUCGUCUCGGACCACCGGGCGGCUUACGAUUACUGUGAGCAUUACAGCCCAGACUGCGACACGGCCGUCCCCGACAAACCCCAGUCUCAGGACCCCAACCCAGAUGAAUACUACCCAGAUGGGGACAAUGAAGGAGACACCUAUUACUACGAGUACCCCUACUAUGAGGACACGGACGACACGGGCAAGGACCCCGUCCCCACCAAGACGCCCGUGGAAGCUGCUCGGGAGACCACGGAGGUGCCCGAGGAGCUGACCCAGCCCCCGACGGAAGCCCCUUCGGUGCCCAGCACCACGGAGGGCCCCGGGAAGGAGGAGGACCCCGGCAUCGGUGACUAUGACUACGUGCCCAGUGAGGACUACUACACGCCACCCCCUUACGAGGACUUCGGCUACGGUGAAGGCAUCGAGAACCCGGAUGAGAACCCCGACCAGCACCCGGACCAGGGCGCCCGGGCCGAGGUUCCCACCAGCACGGUCCUCACCUCCAACGGCUCCAACCCGGCCCCGCCUCCGGAGGAGGGGAUGGACGACCUGGAGGAAGAGUUCACGGAGGAAACCAUCAAGAACCUGGACGAGAGCUACUACGACCCGUACUACGACCCCACCAUCUCCCCAUCGGAGGUCGGGCCAGGCAUGCCCGCCAACCAGGACACCAUCUAUGAAGGGAUCGGAGGCCCUCGGGGCGAGAAAGGCCAGAAAGGAGAGCCCGCCAUCAUCGAGCCG